AUGCCAUGUGUCCCGGGGAGCCGCGCGGCGCACGUCUCCUUCUGGCUGCUCGUCCUUCACGUCCAAGCGCCCUGCCUGGGCUGGGCCCCGCCGGCGGGCAGCUUGCUCUUCCCCGACGGGAGGCAAGAGCAAUUUAUCAAGACAUUGCCAGAAUACCACGUGGUUGAUCCAGCAAGAGUAGAUGAAAGCGGGCAUUUUCUUUCUUUUAAUUUACACCAUCACAUCUCAAACACGAGGAAGAAGAGAGAUAUCAGCAAAAAUGAAAGUGUGGUAUAUUAUAAAAUUAACCACGAAGAGAAGGAUCUGUUUUUUAACUUGACUGUCCACGUGGGAUUUCUUUCCCAUAACUACAUAGUAGAAAGGAGAUGUGGCAACCACACGAGUGCGAAGAUUGCAACUCGCUCGGGAGUUCGUUGCCACUUCAUUGGCACAGUGUGGCAGCCGGGUUCUGGGAGUGGGACAGCAGCGAUCAGCACUUGCAAUGGCCUGAUGGGAUAUUUUCAUCUGCCCCAUGGAGACUACUUCAUUGAGCCCAUUAAAAAGCAUCCACAGAAGGAGGGAACACCCCAUCCCCAUAUUAUCUAUGGGGCGAAUAUCCUUCAAAAUGCUUUAAGGAGAAGACGGGCGAUCCCAAUGGAACAAGUACAAGCAUGUGGAUUGAAUGAUACCCUCAGCUUUUUCAAACAGCAGCAGCGUCAGAGGGAGAGAUGGCAACAAAAUCAUAUGUCUGUCAGAAAGGUUUCUCGGCGCUCUAUCAGCAAGGAACGAUGGGUGGAGACGCUUGUGGUUGCAGACAGUAAGAUGGUUGAAUAUCAUGGAAGUGACCAUGUGGAAUCAUAUAUCCUCACUAUAAUGAAUAUGGUUACAGGGUUGUUCCACGAUCCAAGCAUUGGCAAUGCAAUUCACAUUGUGCUGGUCCGGCUCAUCCUCUUUGAGGAGGAGGAGCAAGGCUUGAAGAUAGUUCACCAUGCUGAUAAGACACUAGCCAGCUUCUGCAAAUGGCAGAAGAGUGUCAAUCCCAAGAGUGACGUCAACCCUACACACCAUGAUGUGGCUGUCCUUCUAACCAGAAAGGACAUUUGUGCUGGCAUGAAUCGUCCAUGUGAAACCUUAGGUUUGUCUCAUCUGUCAGGCAUGUGUCAACCUCACAGAAGCUGUAACAUCAAUGAAGAUUCUGGCCUUCCUUUGGCUUUCACUAUUGCUCAUGAACUUGGACACAGUUUUGGUAUCCAGCACGAUGGAAAAGAGAAUGACUGUGAGCCUGUUGGAAAGCGCCCAUAUAUUAUGUCCCGACAGUUGCAGUAUGAUCCUACUCCACUCACCUGGUCACAGUGCAGCAAGGAAUACAUCACACGUUUCCUAGACCGUGGGUGGGGGUUCUGUCUGGAUGAUAUCCCCCAAAAAGAAGUUUUAAAGUCCCCAAUCAUUGCUCCUGGAGUGAUUUAUGAUGUGCAUCACCAGUGCCAGCUUCAGUAUGGUUCCAAUGCUACUUUCUGUGAAGAUGUGGACAACCUUUGCCAAACACUCUGGUGCUCGGUGAAAGGUUCCUGCCGCUCCAAACUGGAUGCAGCUGCAGAUGGAACUCGGUGCGGAGAAAACAAGUGGUGCUUUGCUGGUGAGUGCAUUACAGUAGGCAAGACUCCUGAAGCAAUCCAUGGUGGAUGGGGCGUUUGGUCGUCCUGGUCCCAUUGCACAAGGACAUGUGGGGCAGGAGUUCAGAGUGCAGAGAGACCGUGCGAUAACCCAGAACCACAAUUUGGAGGAGACUACUGCACUGGAGAAAGGAAACGCUAUCGCAUGUGUAACAUUAGCCCCUGUCGCAAAGGUUUGCCAACUUUUCGUCAGAUGCAGUGCAGUGAAUUUGAUACAGUUCCCUACCAGAAUGAGUUCUACCACUGGGUUCCUGUUUAUAACACAGCAAACCCCUGUGAGCUCCAUUGUCGCCCGAUAGAUGGCCAUUUUUCAGAGAAAAUGCUUGAUGCAGUCACUGAUGGUACUCCUUGCUUUGAAGGAAGGCACAGUCGAGAUAUCUGUAUUAAUGGCAUGUGUAAGACUGUUGGCUGUGAUUAUGAGAUAAAUUCCAACGCAACUGAAGACCAGUGUGGAGUUUGCCUGGGGGAUGGCUCUGCUUGUCAUACAGUGAAGAUGAUGUUUAAUCAAAGCGAAGGAUUUGGAUACGUUGACAUUGGGCUAAUUCCGAAAGGUGCGAGGGGAAUCAAAGUCAUGGAAGUUGCAGAAGCAGGAAAUUUCCUUGCUGUGCGAAGCAAAGACCCAGAAAAAUAUUACCUGAAUGGAGGCUUUAUCAUCCAGUGGAAUGGUGAAUACAAAGUGGCAGGCACGGUAUUUCAGUAUGACAGAACAGGGGAUCUAGAAAAUUUGACUGCUCCAGGACCCACCAAUGAAUCCAUAUGGAUUCAGCUACUUUUUCAGGAAACUAACCCUGGAAUCAAGUAUGAAUAUACUGUACGUAAAGAAGAAAGUCAUGAGAAUGAGAUUGGAGAGCCAGAGUAUUUUUGGCAGUAUGGAGACUGGACAGCCUGCAGUGUUACCUGUGGAAGAGGGGUGCGGCGCCAGAUUGCCCACUGCAUGCGGAAGGGAAGUGGAGCAAUCAAAAACUCCUUCUGCGAUCCAGCAACACAGCCAAAUGGGCGACAAAAGAAAUGCUAUGAAAAGGACUGUCCACCUAGAUGGUGGGCAGGAGAAUGGCAGAAAUGUUCGACCACGUGUGGCCCAACAGGCCAGAAGAAGCGAACUGUCCUUUGCAUCCAGACGGUGGGAUCUGAUGAGCAGGCCCUGGCUGUCACAGAGUGCCAGCACAUGCUUAAACCAAAGACCCAUCUGUCAUGCAACAGAGAUGUCUUGUGCCCAUCUGACUGGACAGUGAGCAACUGGACUGAGUGCACAGUUACUUGUGGUGGUGGAAUAAGGACUCGUAAUGUCACUUGUGCCAAAAAUAAUGAUGAGCCAUGUGAUACUUCCAAGAGACCAAACUCUAAGGCUCUGUGCGGUCUCCAGCAAUGUCCUUCUGCUGGAAGAUUUCUGAUACCCCCACUGGCACCCAGAAGAGGAAAGAUCAUAAUCAGAAAAACAAGUAAUAAUCCCAAACGGAGUCCUCCUCGCAGAAUACCCAUACCAAGCCCGAGGUCCCAUACAACAACAAAAAUACCCAAGCCUGAAAGUGUAACUCCCUAUUUGCCUACGUCCUCUGGUUUGGGUAACGUCUCAGAAAAAGAAGGAACAGCCAACAAAACAUUACAAAAUAAAUUUGCUGGACCAAGUGAUGUUUACAAUUAUUCAGUUGUUUCAACUGAAAAUAGUUCACACCAAAAUACUACUUCACGGCCUUUUCAUAAUAGCUUAAGCACUGAAAUUAUAAGGCAUGAUGAAAAUAUUUCUGAAGGGGAGACAGCUUCUACUGUACAAAGUGAGGUGCAAAGAAGUGAGGACACUCCUGUCUCCUCUUCUACCAGUAGUCCAGAAAUAACUUCUAGCUAUGAUUACUUAACCGAAGAAUCUGAUGACAUUGAUGGGUCAGUUGGAAGCAGUGAGAAACCAAUUGAUCUCCUUUACAGCACAGAACUCAAUCCUGAAAUCAGAACCAGGAGCACAACCCUAGAUACCAGCUCUCCUGUCCUUCAAAACGAGAGUGUGACUUCUCAGCCCACACCUGCAUCUCAUCACCGAGAACCUUCUACACUCCUUCCUGUUAGCAGGGCAGCACAAGGGCUGGCAUUUCCAACAACAGCAAACUAUAUCAGUCUGCAAGUUGAUGUGCCUGUUGUAGAAGUAACUACCCAAGAAGCGUCUGUUACAGUAACACCCACGGUGUUUGGUCACGUACCAAGACACCAGACUGACAACAGAAGGGAAAUGAAGCUACUUGACACCAUAACCUCCAGCACACAGUCGUCAGCUCUGGAACAUGUUCUCAGGAACCAAAGUGCAACAUCUGAUGGGGUGAUGAAUGUCACACCAAACAGCUACCUAACAACAUCCGACAGUUUGCCUGGUGAUGCCUACUGGAUAGUAGGCAACUGGAGUGAGUGCUCUACUACCUGUGGAAUGGGGGUUUUCUGGAGACACGUGGAGUGCAGCAGCAGGAACACAUCUCACUGUCAGCACAUGAAAAAGCCUGAUCCUGCAAGAAAAUGUUAUCUGCGCCCAUGCGCUAGCUGGAAAACAGGAAAUUGGAGCAAGUGCUCUGCUAACUGCAACGGCGGUUUCAAGACCCGAGAUGUUCACUGCAUUGAUGUUCGUGAAAAGCGACUUCUAAGGCCUUUUCAUUGCCAAUUACUUGGAUAUAAACCACAACUCAACACUAGUUGUAAUGUGGAACCUUGCUUGCAGUGGCACGUGGAGCCCUGGAAUGAGUGUUCAAGAACGUGUGGUGGUGGCCAGCAAAAGCGACAUAUCUACUGCCCAGAAGAAGGCUACUGUGACUGGACAAAAAAACCUAAUGCCAUUGCAUCAUGUAACAGGCAACCUUGUACGCAGUGGAUUAACCAGGCUUGGAGCCCGUGCACUGUUUCUUGUGGAGGGGGCAUUCAGCAAAGAACUGUGAAGUGCAUGAAUGUAGAAACUAAUGAAACCGAAGAUGACAGUAUGUGUGUGGAUAAACCCAAGUCCCCAGAGUAUCAGAAGUGCAAUCUGCAAGAGUGCAGGAAAAGUACAGGGCUACCCUGCAGCAAAGACCAACUGUCAGUUCACUUCUGCCAGAGGCUGAAAGGCAUUGGCAAGUGCUUGCUGCCGUCAAUACAGACUCAGUGCUGCUUCACGUGUAGUCAGCCCCGAAUUCGUAACAAAGCAAGAUACUGGGAUCAGCGAGGCCUCAAACAACAAAAUUACAUGAAAUCUAGAAGAAAAACACCUCAAAACCAAGAAAACAACAACCAAGCUGCUCGUCACUAGCUGGUUUUUAUCUAGUUGCUUUGAGUAGGGCUUCUGUUUGUGUUCCUU